CCAUCGCAAAAACCCUAAUUUCUCUUUGAUUUUUCUCUUAUCACAAACCCUAAUUGUUUCCACCACUCGCUUCUCUUUCCAUCGUUUCUUCUUCGUUUGGGUUUGUUUUAAGAGUUCUUUUUUCUUUUGGUUUUUUUUCUUCCCUUCUUGGGGAAGAAGCCAUUGUUUCGUUUAAGCGAUUGAAUCUGUAAAACUCUGUUUGGGUUUGGGUUUGGGUUUCCCUCUUUCGUUGAACCCGUUUUUUCGAUUUUUCUUGUUCUGGGGAAAAAAUUCUGGUGAUGCGUUGAACGAAUUUUGCCUUUGUUGUGUUCAAUUCUAGGGCUUAGGUUUGAUUGAUAUCGCUAGUGAUAGGUUUUAUUGCGUAGGUGGCUAGGGUUUCUGGUUAGUGCCAUCACUGUGAAUUCAGGCUAGUACCUUAUUGGUGGCUUUGGAUGAUGAUGAUGAUGAUGAUGAUGAUGUUGAUCUUCUAGGUUUGGUUUGGAGUAUCUCUAAGCCAUCUGUUGGAGAGAUGGAUGUGUAGAGGGUUUUCUCGUUAUUGAAUUUGAGUUUUCUUGUGCUUCUUGAAAGAUUCAGCUUUGAAAUUGGAUUUUUCUUCCCUGCCCUUCUGUGGUGUGGUAGUUGAUUAGGCUUGAGGUUGUCUUGAGAGUGAAAGAGGCUAGAGAAUUGAAUAAUCUUUCUUUUGUCUGAUGAAGUAUAGCUUUCCUAAUGGACAAACGCGAACCCUCUUUAGUACCUGAAUGGUUGAGAAGUUCAGGACAUGGUUCUGGUGUUGGCAGUUCAAAUCACCUUCAAUCGUCUAAUUCUCAGCCAGAUUCUUCUUCGUUAUUACGUAAUGGCAAGAAUAGGAAUUCUAGGAGCAGGAGUGAUGUUGAUUCAGUUCGGUCUCCUUUUCUCGAUCGGUCUUCUUCCACCAAUACAAGGAGGGGAUCUAGUAAUGGGUCUACAAAGCAUGCAUAUAGUAGUUUCAACUUCAGUAGGACCAACAGAGAUAAAGAUCGAACCAGAGAGAAAGAUAGGUCGAGCUACAUGGAUCCAUGGGACCAUGACACUUCUAUGCCUUUUGGAAACUACUUGAUUGGUAGGGGGCAGGAGCCUCUGAGACGAUCACAUUCAAUGACAACAAGGAAACAGGGCAACCACCUUGCUCAAGGAUUAACAGUAGGAUAUAAAAAUGGUGGAAACAUUAAUCUUUACAACGGACAUGGUAUACAUCCUGGAACUAGCCCUGCAAAGAGCUCCAAAAGUACCGGCUUCGAUAAGGAUUUUCCUUUGCUUAGAGCUGAAGAGAGAAAUGGAGGCCCAGACGUCGCAAGAGUCUCAUCUCCUGUUCUAAGUCCUACUGUUCAGAGCUUGCCUGUUGGUAAUCCAGCCUUGAUUAUUGGGGAAGGUUGGACAUCGGCUCUGGCAGAGGUUCCCAAUGUUAUUGAGAAGAGUAGUGGUACUGCCUCCCAUGAUAAUGUUGGUAGUUCGGCUAACUUAACGGGAUCAACUAGUCGUAACAUGGCUGAAGCAUUGGUGCAGGCUCCAGGAAGAACUGGUACACCACCCCAGGCACAAACACUCGAGGACCGAGCUAUUAGGCAAUCGAGGCAGUUGAUACCGGUUGUACCUUCAGCACCAAAGGGCUCGGUUCAUAACUCUUCGGAUAAAUCCAAGAACAAACCAAUGUUUAGAAGUGGUGAAGCAGGUCUUGUUUCUUCAAGAAAUGCCCACCAGCAGUCCUCUGUGAUGCUCGGUAAUCUUCAGUCUAAUCCUGGUAGUCAGACCAAGUCUGAGGCGACUAAGAAACUGGUGAUUCUCAAGCCUGCUAGGGAAAAUGGGGUAGGUGCUGGUGGUUCACCACCCAACAGCGGAGCUGCUGCUAGCCAGCUGAACACUGCUCCAUCCGGACAAUUUACUGCUUCUGCUAGGAGUACCAAUUGUCCAAGGGAGCUCAGGGGAGCUUCUGUAAACGUGAUAGCUGGAAAAAUCGCUGAAAAGAAACUUUCCUUGGCUCAAACUCAGAGCAGGCAUGCAUUUUACAGUGCUUUGAAGCAGAAUACAUCUACAAACAUCUCAACUGAUCCAUCAAAAACUAGCACGUGCAUCUUUUCUUCAAUUGAGGAAAAGGCAAACAGCUCGAAGGAGCUUGUAGCUAGUGACCCUCCAAGUGCACUGGCUGCAGAAAGAAAUGACAUCAAGGAUAGAGUCGAGAAAGUUACUGAUGUUGCAGAAAGGAUUUGUAGAUUUGAAUUGGCAGUACGUCCAGAUCCAAAAGAGGCUGCGUUCCUUAGAUCCCUUGGGUGGAAUGAAAACGAUAGCGCAGAGGAGAUCAGAGAUGAGGAGAUCAGAGACUUCCGUGAACAGUGCAAGAAGUUGAAUCCAUCACUGGUGCAGAAGCUGCCUAUCGUAUAAGAAGCAACCGAGGACAUAGCUCCAGAGACUCUUGAUCCGAUUUUGUUCUGGUGUCCAAAUGGAAGAUAGUUUUUCUCUCUCUUUUCCUUUCUUUAUUUUCUUGGGGUCUUUUUAUUUUGGUUACUUCGGCGCUGGCAAGAAGGUGGGAAGGCUUUAGUUGCAUGUUGUUUCUGCUUCUUCAGAGGUGCAACAAAAAAGGGGAAAAAAAAAAAAAACCGACUUAUUUUGUACAUCUUUGGUCUGAAGAUAAGAGGGUUUUGUCUUUGGCAUCUUCUUUUAGGUUUUCAAAUGUUUGAUGAUCAUUCAUGGUGAGGGAAAGAGGAAAUUGCCAAUGGGGGUUUAAAAUAGAAAAUUUAAAGAAUUUAUUUUCUUACCUAUUUAUGGAAUUCAUCUUUUAGCCUUA